ACGAUAUGUAAGUUCUCAUGGUAUCGCAGAGGAUCCCGUCUUGUGAAAUAGAAUACGAAAUGCCAUCAUCCCAAGACUCUGGCAGAGAAAGAUCGACGAUGAUGGAUGAAACCGAAGAAUUGGAACCCUUGUUUGAUUAUAGCCGGGUUCAGCCUCUGAACCCCACCUUCCUCCAUGAUGAUUUUGAUGAUGAUGAAGUGAUUUGCGUUGGUAGCAAGAAGAGGAAGACUUCUCAGAAUGUUGAGAAUGAGAAGAUUAAUGUGAAAGGUGCACCUGUGGUGGACCUUGAGGAUAAGGAUGAUGAUUGGUUACCUCCUCCACCAAAGAUCUCAAGUAAUGAACAGAAGACGAUUGAUGAGGAUUCAACUUUGAAAAAGUUGAGAUUAAAGAAGCAGGAACUUGCCUCGUUUGCUGAAUCAGCAAAAAAUUUGUUGAAAACAGUUGAAGAGACUUCGAAUUCAGAAAUUUAUAAUUCAUUGCAGUCUUCAACAGAUGGUGUAAAUGAAAAAACUUCAGAACAUUCUGAAAGAGCAAAGAUUCUCAUUUCCCUUCAAGACAAGGAUGCAACAAAGCAGAUUCGUAUGUUCAUGGAUGACACGUUUGAAAGGAUUGUCAAAACAUAUGCAGAUAAAAUAAAAUGCGACGUGAAACAGAUAGUACUGUCCUUUGACGGUGAUAAAAUAAGUUUGUCUGAAACCCCUGCCAACCUUGGGAUGGAAGACAAUGAUAUUAUUGAAGUUCACGUGAAAUCAAGUUGAUUUAGUGAAAUAUCAUUUGUCUACUGCUCCAAAAACCUUUCAGUUGAUUACUUUAUCGGUUCAAAACGCGAUGCCGCUUUGUUGGAACCAUACAAUAUGCCUAUACCUUUCUGAUUCAGCUCUUCAAUUUGAACUCAAGCCGACACUUUAGGGCUUCGUUUGGGAGUCACAAUACCUUUGAGCCUUUUUUCAGUAUCUUUAGUAGAAGAAAAGCAGUGCUAGUUCUUAAUGUAUUCGCAAUAUUGGUUCUAAUUGUACAGUACGAAUUUUCACGCAAUUGACGAGUAACACUUUUUUUUUAGGUGUUAUUUUAGUGUCUUUUUGUCAAGAUGGUAUUGUUUUCUGACAAUGUAGAAAAUUCGAGCAUUACUUGAGUAGUUAGCUUAAGUGUGUUUAUAUGUCUGUCAAUAGUGUUAUGGACGACUUUGUUAAGGUAGAAUUGAGGGUUAAUUCAACUUUUAAAAAUUU